AUGUCCAUUAAGACGUCUUCAGUCGACGUGGACGACCGCAAGCAGCGUUUUAUUGGAAUCGUUGAUGGCGCUCUGCAGGAUUUCCAAAGUGAAUUCAUUCGACGUUCAAAUGCUGAUCAGGUCAUCACUCCAGUUGUCAAUUUACAAACAACUGUGACCAAUUUUGCUCCCAGCUCAGACAACGUCAAUUUCUUGGAUGAUUUUAACAAUUCACUUGUGCGUCUUACACAAGAACUAUCAUCGAAUCGUACCAAACUCGUGGAAACGCUGGAUCCUAAUUGUCCGUUGGAUAAGCACAUCAAAUGUGUGCAACUGAUGCAGGAAGCACAAAAGAGCUUGCAGGUCCGUUACACAUUGGAUCAGUUUCAGACGGUCGAUUUGUCCAUGCUGAUUGAACAAUUGGAGCGUCAUCGUAAUGAUUUUCAAUCGUUGACUGACCUGAACAAUACACUCCAAACACUGGCCGGUGUGAUCACAAAAGCUAUCGAAAUCUUCCACGGUGGCAUCGCCUUGUUGUGCAUCCCGGUCCUCAUAUUUCUGUUGUUCUAUCUGGGUCUAUGCUUCGGUACCUGCGGACAUCGACCAUACGAACAAACCGGUGUUUGUAUUCGUGGAGUCGGAGCAAAUCUUCUCUAUGCCGGAAUCGGUUUCGUCUUCCUGUUCUCCACCAUACUCAUGUUCGUCUGCGUGUUUCUCUUUCUGGCUGGUGGUCAUUCGCAAACGGAGUUGUGUCGGUAUUUAACCGGUCAUAUGCCGGAUGGGCCUCGCAAACUAGACGACUACCUGCAUGAAAGCGUACAGUACAUGAUCAAACAGGUUCGCCGUGAAGCUCGCCUGAAUUAG